AUGGCGGAGGUUCCCAUUGUCCUUGACGGCGGAACUGGUUUCCUGAAGGCGGGCUAUGCCGGACAGAACUUUCCCGACCACCAGUAUCCCUCGAUAGUCGGCCGACCGAUCCUACGUUCCGAAGAGCGCGAUGGAGAUAUCGUGGUCAAGGACAUAAUGUGCGGAGACGAGGCGGCGGCGGCCCGGUCGAUGCUUCAGAUCACAUACCCUAUGGAGAACGGUAUCGUAAAGCGCUGGGAUGACAUGCAACACCUUUGGGACUACACCUUCUUCGAAAAGAUGAAAAUUGAUCCUACGGGCCGCAAGAUCCUUCUUACCGAACCACCGAUGAAUCCUCUGAAGAACCGUGAGCAGAUGUGCGAAGUUAUGUUCGAGCGCUACGAUUUCGGGGGAGUGUACGUAGCUAUACAGGCUGUGCUCGCUCUGUAUGCCCAGGGACUUUCCUCGGGAGUCGUGGUAGACUCCGGCGAUGGUGUCACACAUAUUGUCCCGGUCUACGAGAGCACGGUGCUCAACCACUUGACACGACGUUUGGACGUGGCUGGUCGCGACGUUACUCGGAACCUGAUCGCUCUGCUACUACGAAGAGGAUACGCUCUCAACCGAACUGCCGACUUCGAGACUGUUCGGCAAAUCAAGGAGAAGCUCUGCUAUGUGUCGUACGAUUUGGAACUCGAUCAGCGCUUGAGUGAGGACACCACCGUCCUCGUGGAGUCCUACACUUUACCCGAUGGUCGCGUUAUCCGAGUCGGUAGCGAACGCUUUGAGGCCCCUGAGUGUCUAUUCCAGCCGCAUUUGGUUGAUGUAGAACAACCCGGUAUCGCCGAGUUUCUUUUCAACACGAUCCAGUCCGCCGACGUCGAUGUUCGAAGCAGCUUGUACAAGGCUAUCGUGCUUAGUGGUGGAAGCAGCAUGUACCCCGGCCUGCCCAGCCGUCUGGAGAAGGAGCUCAAACAACUCUGGCUCACCAAGGUGUUGGGUGGCAACCCCGAGCGAUUGAACAAAUUCAAGGUCCGCAUCGAAGACCCGCCGAGGCGCCGACAUAUGGUUUUCCUGGGAGGAGCGGUGCUUGCGAACAUUAUGGCGGAUAAAGAAAAUAUGUGGAUAUCAAAACAGGAAUGGCAAGAACAGGGCACGAGAGCGUUGGAGAAGCUUGGUGCUAGAUAA